GGGGUUGUAUAGUAGCAGAGAUGGCGGUUGCUGCGGCUAGUCGGGGGGUCAGUGCCAAGCUGGGCCUACGAGAGAUUCGGAUCCACUUAUGCCAGCGCUCGCCCGGCAGUCAGGGCGUCAGGGACUUCAUCGAAAAACGCUAUGUGGAGCUGAAGAAGGCGAACCCCGACCUACCCAUCCUAAUCCGCGAGUGCUCCGAUGUACAGCCGAAGCUCUGGGCCCGCUACGCAUUUGGCCAAGAGAAGAAUGUCUCUUUGAACAACUUCAGUGUUGAUCAGGUAACCAGAGCCCUGGAGAAUGUACUAAGUGGCAAAGCCUGAAGCUCCCACUGAGGACUGAGCAACAACCCCACAGCCUUGGCUGUGCUGCACUGAGUACAAUGGAAAAAUGUAUUCUGUUCUUUAUAAAGCUUGUGCUGUAAGAUGCUCU